GUCUGACCAAUCAUUUCUCCUGGAGCACACAACACACACAGCAGCCCCGCUCUACUUUGUUGGCCAGGAAGUCGAAUAGAAUAGCGUGCAAACCUUUUUGUGUCGUAUACAUAUUUCCAUUAAAUGAAACGUUCGUUGUAUAAUGUCUAAGAAUGUCAAUUUCUGGAACUCUUAGCAAUUACUAUGUCGAUUCUCUCAUAAGUCAUGAAAGCGAAGAUCCGACCUCAUCUAGGUUUUCUAAUGUACAGUAUUCAGGUUCCAGGCAGUCGGGAGGACACUGUGAGCAUCCAGAGUUCCCCUCCUGCAGCUUUCAGCCUAAACCUCCUGUUUUCAGCGCGUCCUGGAAUCCUUUUAAUCCCCACGCUUCCAAUGUUUUACCCGCGGUCUACCAUCCAUAUAUCCCAGCUCAACCUUCAUCGGAUCCUAGGUACCUUCGUACUUGGCUUGAUCCGGCCCCGAGGUCCGACUCCCUGGCUGGACAGGGCCAAGUCAAGCUAGAACCGCUACUUGGAAAUCUGGACGAGAACCCAAAAAUUGGAGAGCACGAGUAUAAUUUGGAGUCGCCUUCUAUUAGGGAUAUUAAUUCCAAUCAAGGCUCCAGUUUCGAGGACAAUAAGGAUAUUUGUGACGGUAGCGAAGACAAAGAGGGGCCCGAUCAAAAUAACCCAUCUGCCAACUGGUUACAUGCGCGUUCUUCUCGGAAGAAGCGGUGCCCAUACACCAAGUACCAAACUCUGGAGCUUGAGAAGGAGUUCCUCUUCAAUAUGUACCUCACCCGGGAUAGGAGGCACGAGGUAGCUCGCCAGCUGAACUUGACAGAGAGACAAGUCAAAAUAUGGUUCCAGAAUCGACGGAUGAAAAUGAAGAAAAUGAAUAAGGACCAGCCCAAGGAUUAGCACUAGGAUGGAUCAAAGAAAACACACUAACAGGGAUUACUGCUGUUCUUUCAUUUGGUCUCUUUCAUCUGCACGUUAUGGACACUACAGGAAAUGGAUAUAAAUGCAUAGUUGUUUCAGAUCUUUUAAUACUGUUUUUAUUGGUAAUCAAACAUUCCAGCUUUUAAAGAGAACCCCACAAGAUAUAUAGUUACCCAGCUGACCGUAUACUUUACAUAUAGUAUAGUAGUAGUCUAGUUGUCGUAGCACUAGUGAAACUGUAGUAGCCUAUGCUUUCAUUCCUUAAUUACUUUUUAUUUGUUCUAUUACUUUAUUAGUUUUAAUAAGUAUUUAUUUCUCACGCCCUUGUACGAUGCUAUACAGAUACAGUUAAUAAAUAAAUAUAAUUUGAUUAUUUUCAUCAGCAUACACAAUUGUAUUAUUGUUAUUAUUAUUAUUAUUAUUAUUAUUAUUAUUAAUAAUAAUAACAUUACUACUACUACUACUACUACUACUACUACUACUACUACUACAAUAAUCUAAUGUUAUUAACCUUAAUUUGGGUUGGAAACGUAAUGUUUUUGCAAGUUUAUCUAUGAGAGAAUCGAUCGUGUAUAGGUUGAAAGAUGUGGUAUAUUGAUGUUCUUCACAUUUCAGCUUGUAAAUUGCAAAAUGUAUUUCGAUUAUUUUUCCUUUAGUCUACACUGUUUAGCGUACAUUCUACGGUAAAAUACUGGUUAUUGGGUUGCCCGAAAUUUGCCGUAUGAAGUUCUGGAAAAACGAUAACACUAUGUUAAGCAUACGGUAUCAGGUAUAUUGUAUAUUUAACAAAUGUUAAAUAUAUUAUGCUGUUUAACCUUAAAUAAUACACUUAUUUACAUUUCAGCUGUUUUACAUUAGCUAUUUUGCAGACUUUUUCUGUAAAAUUCACGGACAUUUUACAGUGUUUAUUUUCAAACAUUUGACUCAUGCAAUGCACACAGAGUUAAUUCCUGAAUAAAUGUGUUACCGGACAUUUAAUUUACUCCUGAAUUGCCUUGUGACUUAAAAUAUUUCAUCUGAAAUGAACCGAAUAUACGUCUACGACACAUUUGUAGGUUUUGUUUCGCUGGAAAUAAGGAAUGUUAUUCUGAGCGCUUAUGGAAUACAACUGAUUUUAACAUUUAAUUCAUAUUGUGGUAGGACUGUAUUUAUGCGGGUAUUUUGUAAUGGGUAUUUUAUUUUUCAGAAUAAAAUCUGUUUUAGGGAAACGUAUCCUUUCCGGAGAAAGGGUCAAACGACAGUGAAUAUGCGGUGUACUAGAUUGUCAGGGCAACCACUGUUAUUAUGUUUAAAAACACUAGUAGCCAGUUUAACUUAUAUUAAGUCUUGAUUGACUCAGACUAAGUAGGCUAAUAGAUGUAUUUGAAGGAAAGAUAUAGUAAAUUCAAAGAAAUCACUAAGAACUCGUAUUUGUAUGUGACACAGAAAUGAAAGGAGAGCUGAUAUGAGACAAAUGGAUCUCGUUUUGUAUUAGUCAAAACUCCAGAGCUAUGGAUAAAACGUUUACAUUGUUAUCAUUGCUGCGCAUCCUUCACUGUAAUUCAGCGUAUUGGAUUCCAUAGACAUGUUUGUGUUUCUUUCCUAAUAGCCUUUACAAAAUAAAGUGCACCACUUUUUAGCGAACAUACAUGAGGGGGUGACGUGUAUAAUUUAUUGUAAAUACAUCAAUAACGUCUCUUCUUAUGCUAAUCCUAUAUUUUGUAUCUUUCGAGGGUUUUGGUUGUUGGAUUGGGAAAGAGUCAUACUUGAAUGAAAACAAGCGCCGUUUAUCGGUUUUUAUUAUUGUUUGUAAUGCUUUGUUUCGUUCUGAACUGAGAUCGUUGUUUACUGUGGUAGCAUUUUGCGUUGUUCUUUCUUAAAAUGCCAUGUAGCCUACCAAGUGUCUCCGGCGUCAGGGGUCUGUCUGACUGUAUGUAGGCUAUGAAACAAGACAUAGACAUAAUUAUCUGACGUAUGCCGUUAUCACAUUCUGUUCCACGCGAAGUCUCCGUGGCUUCCUUGCAGUUUGAGUUUUUAAACCCUGAUAUGAUCUAAGAACCAAGUGAUUCCAGAAAUACGUUUAAUUAAUAAAUAUCUUGUGAUAAUGCUAAUCUAGUGGCUUGUUUCAUUGUACUUCUCCCAAUCCGAUCUCCGUCUUGUGUUAUAUUUUGUUUGUUGAUCUGUGAUGUUUCGAUGGCACUGUUAAUUCUGGGUCGAUAUUAAACAAUUUAAGUCUAA